AUGGGCACAAGCCAUUCCAACAAACUUAAUUCCCUUUGUAAAGAGGUGUGGGAAUGGGCCAUUGAACGUGGUCUAUGGCUCAGCGCAGCACAUAUUGCGGGAAAACUCAAUACAAGGGCAGAUUUUGAGUCUCGCGAUAACCGCUCUACGCAUGAGUGGAAACUAAACCCAGAGAUGCUAAAAGAGGCACUACACGACCUCGAGGUUACCCCGCAAAUUGAUUUAUUUGCGUUUCGCAUCAACACCCAGUUAUCGAAUCGCCCGGACCCCGGAGCAUUCGCCAUUGACGCACUGUCCAUAUCAUGGACUAAUCUAGAUUUCUAUGCAUUCCCUCCUUUUAGUUUAGUACCACAUGUACUCAAGAAAAUACAAGACGACAAGGCCUCAGGAAUAUUAGUGGUACCGGAUUGGCCAACCCAGGCUUGGGAAAGCAUUGACCGAUUAGGCCUGUCAACAGAGGCGCGUGACAUUGUAAUGRCAUCAUGGCGCACCUCAACGUGCAAACAAUAUYACACCYACUUGGCACGUUGGGAAGCGUACUGUAGAGAGCGCGGCAUUACAACCUUUCAAUCAACAAUUUACCAAGGGAUUGAAUUUUUAGCAGACCUUUAUAAACAGCGUCUCGGCUAUAGCUCUAUAAACACCGCUAGAUCCGCGCUAUCUACAAUAAUAUCAACCACGCAAUGCACCUUUGGAAACCAUCCAUUAGUGAUAAGAUUCAUGAAAGGAGUUUUUGAAAUGAAACCCUCACUACCCAGGUACACCAUAACUUGGGAUGUAGGAACAAUUUUGAAAUUCCUAGCUGAUAUACCACCAACUCCCAGCCUCAAGCAACUGACCAUGAAAUUGACAAUGCUAUUGAGUCUUAYUACCGGUCAGAGAUGUCAAACACUGAGUAAACUCGACAUAAAGUUCAUGGAACGUAAAUCAGACAAAUACAUAUUUACGAUCCGCGAAACACUUAAAACUACCAAACCCGGGAGACACAUAGACCCUCUCGAACUCAAUGAGUAUAAGCCGGAUGAAAGACUUUGUGUUGUUAAGUUAAUUAGCUUAUACUUAGAAAAAACGUCAGCUUUGCGCAAACCGGAAGUCACGAAACUUUUAAUCAGUUACGCUAAACCACAUAAGGCAGUCAAAAGUGCCACCAUAGGGAAAUGGGUCAAGUCGACAAUGGCAGAUGCAGGUAUUGAUACUACAGUCUUUUCCGCACACAGUGGAAGAUCAGCUUCGACUUCAUACGCAAAAUCGGCUGGGAUUCCCCUCAAGGACAUCCUGAAAGCUGGGGGAUGGGCUAAUGCACAAACAUUUGCCAAAUAUUAUGAUAAACCGCUUACAAGAAACUAUGGUUCUUCUAUUCUAGACUACUAUUCCCGAUCAUAG